CUCAGCCUGCUUCAAGUUAGUUUCACUGUCACGGAGGUUCUGCUGCCUUACGGGUGGUUGGCGUUCCUCCUCUCACCAGGUCGGCUGUGGUACCUGGGUCUGAGCUGGGUUCUCUUUCUGCUGGCGGGACGCGUCGUUGCUCCGCGACGGCCCGAUGAUUCUGGCGACUCCACUAGCGUCGGAUAA